AAAGAAAAAGGUUUACUUAGCAAUAAACAUUAAACCAAAAUGCGAAAUGGAAAUGAAUUUGCAUUUUGUAAGUUAUUGUGCUUUAACUUCCACAUUUUAUUGUGUAGGCCUAUAUAAGCCUAUAUAUUUUAGAAAAAAAAAAAACGUGGAGGUCUAUGAGACAAUAAAAAUAAUCAUCAGUCACAUGCGCAUACCAGUGGUUUUGGAUGAUGCUGACAUCAGUCAACAGAUGGUAACUUUUGGGACAGUCAGAUCAGAUUUUCUCCCUUUGGCAUCCCCCUCUGCGUCCGACCGAAGACACAAUAGAAUAGAAGCCCUGCCUCCACGCCAAAGGGCCCUAUAAAAAACCCUCUCACACACCCUGACCACAAAACUCUCUGUUCCUCUCUCAAGAGCACAUCUAGAGACACCACCCGAUCAAAUCAUGACUCCAAACAUUAUUAUCGAAGCUCAUUCCCACUCAUUCGGUUCUCGAAUGAAUGUGGCUCAGAGAAAAGAGGCACAUGAAUUGAGAAAGACUCUCAAGCCAUUGAUGGAAAAAAGAAGGCGGGCUCGCAUUAACGAGAGCCUCAAUCACUUAAAAACACUUAUACUCCCUUUGGUCGGCAAAGACGCUUCACGCUAUUCAAAGCUGGAGAAAGCUGACAUUCUCGAAAUGACUGUGCGGUUCCUCAGAGAUCUGCCUUCCACAUCAUUUAAAGGUCAAACAGGCAGCUAUAAAGAGGGAUAUAAAGCCUGCUUGCAGCGCAUCUCUGCGAUUCUGCCGCAGUCUAACCUCGAAACAGAAACCCGUCAGCGCGUCAACGAGUUCAUCCAGCACUCGAUGGUGUCUGCGACGUCCUCCUGCCAGAACUGCUGUGCUCAGAACUCCAGAAUGAUUUCACAAAUGCACCAGAGACUUGUGAGCUUGAGGAACAGCAACUCUGCAACGGAGAACCACUCCAUCAGUACCGCAUCAGCUCCCAGUCAACUUCAGCCUGUGCCACAAGCAGCUGUGGACAUGUGGAGACCCUGGUGACCAAACACGCAACAGAAGCCUUCGGGGAAAUUGUUUAUAAUUAACUCUGCAUAAUAUUUAUUUGUCAUAGUAGGUUUAUAGUUAAAAUGUAAAGCCUGUGAUGGAGAUUAUAUGUAAGGAAUUGUAGGAAAUGUCGCGGCUUUGUAAAUGAAAGAAAGCCAGCGAGCACAGAUCAUGCUGUCUUCAUGAACAUAACGUUAUGCAAUCCUCGCUGGGGGUUUAAAUACUAUGGGUUGUAAUCAACAAAUUUGUAAACCCCAAGGGUUAAAAUGUAUUUCUGAGGUUUGCACAAUUUACUUGAUUUUAUUUGGUCUGUGCAAAGAAAUCGUAAACACUGUGUGUUAAUUAUUAAUGGCAAAAUGAAUGUCCCUGAAGGAAGCAUAGUCACAAAAUGCUAUUGUGAAU